UUCCGAAGGCCGUGAGUGAACACGGAAAUCGAGAUGUGAUGUGUGUGUGGUCAAAAAGACAGUGCAAGGUAGGGGUCGGGUGGCGUUUGUGAUGGCAAAAUUUUUGCAAAUGCACGGUCACUGACAACACUGGCACCUACAAUGGACCAGCAAUUUUGUUUGCGCUGGAACAACCACCCGAACAACCUAACUGAUGUGCUAGCAAGUCUAUUACAAAGAGAGGCACUUUGUGAUGUCACACUGGCCUGUGAUGGGGAAACGGUCAAGGCACAUCAGACAAUACUCUCGGCGUGCUCCCCAUAUUUUGAAAGUAUUUUCCUGCAAAACUCGCACCCACAUCCAAUUAUAUUCCUAAAAGAUGUAAGAUUUACGGAAAUGAAGUCAUUAUUGGACUUCAUGUAUAAGGGGGAAGUAAAUGUUGGCCAAAAUAUGCUACCGAUGUUCCUAAAAACUGCUGAAAGUUUACAAGUUAGAGGGUUGACAGAGAAUAAUACAUUGAAUCCCAAGACAGAGGAGCGGUCGACGCCGUCGGUUAGUGCGGAGAACUUGUCGUCUCGGACCGAGUGCUUUGCAACGCCACCGGCCGCGCACUGCGCACCGCCCGCGGCACUCACGCCGCUAUCGUCGGCUCCCUCGCACCCAGCGCAUCCGCCGCACUCCUUGCCGCUCGAAAAGAGACGCAGAAAGAACUCCUCAGUCCCAAGAGAAGAUGAAUUAUCUUACAGGCACUACGAGGGUAUUGGAGUAAGCGAGAUGGCAUCCAUGCUGAACCAACAUCCCCUCGGUAACGACUGCAAUGAAAGCGAGCCUAUGUUACAACCUCAUCCCGAUCAGACUGAUACUAUUGAUGGCUCGAAGGGCUGGCACAUGCGGCUGACGUUCGAGCGGGUGGCGGGUGCGCUGAACCUGCACCGCUGCAAGCUGUGCGGCAAGGUGGUGACUCACAUCCGUAACCACUAUCACGUGCAUUUCCCCGGGCGGUUCGAGUGUCCGCUGUGCCGCGCCACCUACACGCGCUCGGACAACCUGCGCACGCACUGCAAGUUCAAGCACCCCGCGUACAACCCCGACACGCGCAAGUUCGAGCCGCCGCCCGCGCCCGCACCCGCGCCGCCGCACGCGCCGCUCUUCGCCAACCACCUGGACGCGGGCUUCGACUGAUUGUCCAUGUACUGGCUCGGCCUCGACGCUCUGUGAGCGCCCGCCUCCUGCCAGCUCAGACUCUCCUUGUUGAUGUGUCAAAAUUUUAACAGACCGUCUCGCGUCGUUGUCGCUUCCUACUUAGGAUUAAGCUGAAGUGCUAUUACUUAAACGGGCCUUUCUUAAGUAACCCGCGAGUGUCGGGUGACUCGUUUAGUAUUGUCUCGGUUGUGCGUUUGACUUGCCCGAGUGUGACUUUGUAUAAGAUUCCAUGUCAGGAAUGUAACUAUUAUGUCGAUGUUACUGAAUUAAUGACUCGAAACGUAUAUAAACUAGGUAAGCAAAUUUUCUUCUAUACCAAUUGCUAUACGGGAACGGGCAAAAGCAAUAAUAUGAUGUUAAUUUUAUUACCAUAUUAUUUUUUAUAUUAUAUCGAUAGAAAUCUUAAGCUAUUUAAGAAUAUACAUUAUUAUUGAGUAGCGGUGCGACCGCGAAGUGAUGCUGGCUAUUAACCGUGGCCCCAGUAAGGGCUCACACUUUCUUGUUAUAUUUAUUCGUUAGAUAGGAAAUUAUGAGUUUCCUGUAGCCAAUUGUAUUUAUGUUAUUACAUCGUACGGGUGGUGCAGAGAACGACAUCCAACGGAAGGAUCCAUAGGACUGGGAAGAGAUUGUGAUCUGUCGUUGGUCAACGACAUAUAAAUAAUGACUGAAUCUCAGUGUAGAUGCAUUUGUAACUCCAUGAGGCCUUUGCAAGAUGGAUAAUUUAUAAGGAUAUGUGAUGUAUUAAAGGAUAGCGCCUAAGGAAACAUACGAAAAGAUUUUUAUACUAGACUAGUUGAUCUAUUUACGGAGAUUGUUUUUUUAUACUUAGAUAUAUUCUAUGUCUGAUUUAAUAUACUUUUAUAUUUAUAUAAUAUGAUUUAUUAGUGUUGUUUGUUUUUAUUGAUUCAGCAUAUUAUAAUAACAAUGAUUUCGUUUAUAUUCAGUUGACGUUUAGACACUUUAGAAUUGUCAAAUGAGAUGAGAUGUUAACAUGUUUUAUUAUUUUAUCGUUGGUAGGUGUUUAGUUAUCUUAAAUGGCGGAGUGGCGACCGCGAUCUCGCUCCCGCCCUCGUGUGAUCGGUGCUUGGGGUCAAAGACCUCUUUCAAUUACUAUAAGAUAGUAUGAAACGUUUCGUGGUUGCGCAUUUAGUAACUAAUAUUGGCAUUCUACGAUUGGGACUAACCUAGCGUUUAUGUAUGUAUUUUUCAAUUAAGAUUUAAGAUUGUUACAUUUUUAGCUAAACACUUAGAGUGGUACGGUAACUGAAAUGUGAUAAAAUGGAAUGGUGCUAGAACCAAGAGUGUUAACACGCUACGAUUCGACUCCUAUUAUAAUAUUAUUAAUGUGUUAAUGAUUAGUUACUUUGCAUUAAUUAAUAUAAGGCAUCUAGCAUCCAAUUGAGGUCGCAUCUGUCUGGUCAACGGGUAAAAUAACACAUGGUCUUAGAGAUUACAGUAUCACUCGAGAUUUUACCUUAUUUUAUUCAGAUAUUUAUAAAUUUGCUAAUAAAUCAAUAUAAAGACCUGUUUCAAAUCAGUUCAUAAACUACCAAAAAUGUUUAAAGUUUAUUAAUAUUGUUAAGAAAUUACCGCAUCCAAAUAACAAAUCCACGGUCAUUUUCCACAAAUGCAUUGUGGUAUUAGUACUAUUUAGUAGCUGUGAACAUGCAAUUACACGUGUGCAAUUUUUUUUAAAUAGUCAUAACUCAUAGAUAGAUUUUACAAUUGUCUAUUAAAUUUAGGGGCCCACUAAAAUCUUAGGCUCUUAACUCCUACAUAUGUAGUCACACACUUAAAUAUCGCCAAACACUUCUACUUUUUACACGUGAUUUUAAAGAAUACAUAUGAAAGAUUGUAUGGACUAAUGUAUAACCGAUCCUACAGUGGGCGCUUAUUAUUUGAUAGCAUUUCAUACUCAGUGCAAUAUUACUAGUUAUUUAAUUACGUAACCAAACUAAAGCAUAUGUUAAAAGUAUAUAAUUAAUGUCUUCGAAGAAAGUAAUUACCUAUUUGUAUUUACAUAAGUGAAUCCUCAUUUCUAUUUCUAUCUAGUGAAACAGUUUGGGUUACGGUGAUGUACAGGUUUUAUAGCUGGUAAUAUUAAGAUUUAGCUUGUUUACCUCUGCCAAUCGUAAUAGUUUGUACUAUUUAAUAAUUUAUUAUCGCGCAAGUUAAAGUCUAUUGUUGAUGAAUAGAUCAUAGCUAUCCGGUACGGGCGUGAUAGCCCAGUGAGAGUGGUUGAUCGGUGAUCUCCCAGUAGCGCGCUCGGCAGAUUGCCGCUAGCGUCGUACGCUUCAUCUAAUCAUGAAUGCAUUUUUAUAUUACUAUCACUCAAGACCAAUUUUGAAUAUCAAAUUUGCUAUAGCAAAUUGAUUGAUUAGUAACAUAGAAUAUUAUUUUAGAUAUUUUAGGUUAGGAUACUUGAUAGUGUCUGGCCAGAAUAUUUUGGAGUAUCACAUCGUUUGGCUCAGAAAAUAUCUACUUUGAUCUCUUUUCGGCUUUCAGAAAGUAUGCCACUUAAAUAUAUAAUUGUAUGAUGACCACGUAAUUGGACUUAAUGAAAGCUAACUUUAUGCCAUAUGGAAUUUAUACAUAAGGUUAACGAAUUACUAAAUUUAGUCUUAUGAAAUUGAGGUCUUGUGGACCUAGUCACUUAUUUGGCCAAUCUAUUGAAUAUUCCAAUUUAUUGUAUAUUAAAAUUUACAUUUGAUAUCACAAAGGAUGUGAUAUUUUCAUUUGAAUUCAAUGGAGUGCAGGAUGAGCUAUAUAGUUAUUUUCAGGAUAGCAAUGGUCUAGUUAUGUUUAUUUUGUUUCUUCUUUAUACAUUAGCAAAUUUGUUAUAGUGUCGUAUCACAAUAGAGUAAUACUAAUAGGAAGGGGGUGUCAAAUCGUGUACCUAACAGCUGACUGUAAACUUGUUAUAUUAUUACAUAAAAUUUUAUGAACUAUUUGUUGUUUAUGAAUAUUUUGUUUAAUUUCUUGGUUUGAUGCCUCCGUUUAAAGUUUAAUUUAAAUAAUUUCGUUUUAUGCAAGCAGUUAAUGCAAUUUUUUUUUUCACAUUGUUUGAUGUUAUGUAAUGCAAUCUUAACAUGUUGCAAACUCCUGCAUUUAUCUGUUGUAUUUAUUACUAAUUUUUACAUUAAAUUGUGGUAUGUUACAAUCCGUGUAGUUUCAGUUGUGCGUGUCACACGUCCCGCACCCAUGCAAAUUGAGUUGCGUACGAACUAGUCCUGAUGCGCACGCGUUGCUGUUAUCAUCCAAUAAAAGCUUCUCAGUUCCCUUUACAUAGAGAUAAUAUAAUUUCUUUAUUUUCAAUAUUCAGGUUCGAUUCCUGAUCUAAAUAAUCGUGAAACGAUAGAACUUGUUUUUAAAUCGUGCAUGUGAAAAGCGUGGCGAAUGCAUACGAGAUAGAUUACGGAAAGCGUAGAGGUACGUAGGCGUGGUGUGACGGCGCUGGCGGGUUGUUGGUUGCAGAGCGAGCGCAGCCAGCGUCAGCGCAGUUUUCCUACCACAGCACAUUCGUGGCGGCGGCGGGCAGCGCUGCGCUGUGGCGCUGCACACGUUGCGG